CCUUUUGGUAUAGGCUCAUCCAAUCGGUUUGCCAACCAUCCAUCCUUACCGCAUCUUAUCUACUAUCUAUUCUUAGCCUUUUUUCAUUAUUUUCCAGCUUUUGGUUCAUAAGUUUUAAACCUUCCCUUGCUUGUAUAAGCAUACCUAAAUAUAGCAAUGGCAACAACAGCCUCAGCUACACUCUCUCCACCCACAUUGGCUCCUGCCAGUGUUGGCAAUCCCAGGAGGAGAACUAAAGUUAAUGUAAAUUACAUUACAGGAUUGAAUUCCUUUGGUGGGCUAAAAGCUCAUAACAAUGUGGUCUCACUAGGCCAACCAGUGUGCAUUGAACAAUCAUUUGCAAAGGUUGUGAGCUCACUGAGAGCUCCAUCCAAGGGGAAAGGUAGUGGCGGCGGUGCCCUCUCUUCAACCUGCAAUGCAGUUGGUGAGAUAUUUAGGAUUGCAGCAAUCAUGAAUGGACUUGUUCUCGUUGGUGUUGCUGUGGGGUUUGUUCUUCUUCGAAUUGAAGCAUCUUUGGAAGAGGCUGAGUGAGAAUUUAAGACCAACUUUUAUAUUGCUUCAUAAAUAUCUACUUUUCUUUGUCAAAUUUGUACUUCAAUUGCUUUCAUUCUUCAUUGAUGUGCAACUUUGAUUGUGUUCAACAUUUCCAACUACAUUAGUAUCUUGAGUUGCUAUAUUGAAACUAUAUAUAUAAUAUCAAAAUUCAAAUCCA